CCAUGUUUGACUAGAUCUGGAGUGGAGCAAAAAGCCUAACGAAACAAGAUGGUCAAAAAGUCUAGGAGGACGUUCAGAACCCGAGAGAUCCAUCCACCGCGACGUCAGCCCUCCGGCGGCCGCCAGCUUGAGAGCGGCUGCCAGGACGUGCAUCCCGAUCCUCCAUGGUCGGCGGAUAAGAGAAACUGGGCGGCGCUGCCCCGUGACGUGCUGUGGGUCAUCCUGAGCCUUGUCCCGCAGGCUGACAUCCUCCGCGGCGCCGGGCUCGUCUGCGUCUCGUGGCGGCGGCUAGCCCACGACGAGCCUCUGUUUUGGCGCCACAUCGACCUCGCCGUCGCUGCCGACGAGGGCUCACCGGCGAGGUGGAUGCCGAUGGCAGUUGCGGCCGUGCGGCGCAGCGCCGGGCGCUGCGAGUCCUUCCGCGGAUGCGUCAUCGACAACUUCCUGCUCUUCCUCGCCCAGAGAGCGCCAUUAUUACGGAGGCUUCACAUGACGGGCAGGGGCCGACUCGAUAACACGCCUAACGAGAAGUUCAUGACGAUGAUGGCGAGGAAGCUCCAUCACCUGGAGGAGCUCGUGCUGGCGGAGAGCUUGAUUAAUGAAGCCUUGUUGGCCCCUCUUGUCGAUCACUGCCCACGCCUCCAGCUGCUCGACGCCGGCAGCUGUUACACCUAUAGGCCGUUUGACAGCACGCUGCGUGCGAGGCUAGAGGGCAGGAUCAAGGAUCUCCGGCUGCCCUAUCUGGCCGUCCUCUGCAGAUGAUAACUGUGUAUUGGGCCCCGCAUACUCGGACGACGGGACGUUUGGGCCGGCUGCGAAGAGCCUAAAAAAAUCCGGCUGUAAUGGCAAUAGGUUUUUUUGUACUACCUAGAAGG